AUGGAUAACCCUUCAAUUACCAAAGAAACAAAUACAGAUACUUCUUCAAACAAUCGCCCUAGUUUUUUUCAAAACUCUAGCCCGGGGCAACUCGCUGUACUACACCAAAAGCCAGAAGCUGUCGAUAUGGGAAGAGUCCUAAGAGUAGGCCUAUGUGAUGAGAUCCCUAAAAAGCAAUCAAAAGCUGGUGGAUUCACGUGUUGCGUGCCAGGUUGUUUCAACAAUAGCAAAAGAAACCCAGCUCUUAGUUUCUACCAGUUUCCGUUUGGAAAUCGGCAAGAGAAGAUCGACCUGAGGAAAAGAUGGAUAUCCCUCAUCAGUCGCAAGGACUUCAAACCAACGAAUGGACACAGGGUUUGUUCGGUACACUUCGUUGGUGGAAAAAAGACUUACAUGAGCAACGUGCCGCUCAUCGUUCCAAAGGCAACUCGUCCCAGCAUACCAAAACCAAGAGCAACAUUUAAAUGUCGUAACAGAGCCCUCACGGAAGAACGAUUCGAUCGGGAAAAACUUGUCGAAGUAAUUGCAAAUGGUGAUGAGAACUUACCUGAGGCAGUUAAUUCUGACAACCAGGCAAAUGAGCUUGCUGCUCUGAGGAAGCAAAUGGAAGCAAGGGAAAGACAGCACAAAGAUGAAAUAGAAUCUCUUACAAAAAUAUUGGGUCAGGCUAAAAAAGAGAAUGAAUCAAUGAAAGCAAAGAUUAAACAAGUAUCAUUUCAUGUUGAUGAUAUAAAGGAUGAUACUGAACUAUUUCAUUUUUAUACUGGUUUCCAAGAUCAUGAAACAUUUCUGAUAUUUUUUGAUUUUCUAAUGCCAGCAGCAGAGAAGCUUAUAUACUACAAGUCAAACACAAAUGCAGAUACAAUUUGCCCUGAGAAUCCAAAGCGUGGACCAAAGAGAACACUGGCACUAGAGCAAGAGUUGUUUCUUGUCCUUGUACGUUUACGGUGUGGACUUUUAGAAAAAGACAUAGCUUACAGGGCAGGUAUUUCUGUUGGGCAUUUUUCUAGGAUCUUCAUCACCUGGAUUGAUUUCCUAUAUACAAGGCUUAGACAGCUGCCAAUAUGGGCAUCAAGGUCAACUAUUGAUGAAACAAUGCCAAAUGCAUUCAAAGAAAUGUACCCAAGUACACGUGUGAUAUUGGAUGCUACUGAAAUAUUCAUGGAAAUGCCUAGUUCACUCAGAUCACAGAGUGAAACAUACUCUAACUACAAACAUUGCAAUACUGCAAAGGGCUUGCUUGGUAUUGCACCUUCAGGUGCAGUAACAUUUGUGUCACACCUAUAUGCUGGCAGAUGCAGUGACAAAGCAGUCACAAGGGAUUGUGGUAUCCUUAACCUUUUGGAAGCAGGUGAUACAAUCAUGGCUGACAAAGGGUUUAACAUAGAAGAUGAUCUUCCACCACAAACAGGGCUGAAUAUACCCCCUUUUCUCAAGGAAAAAGCUUCAUUGACAUUAGAAGAAGAAACAGAAACCAGAAGAAUUGCCUCCCUUCGUGUACAUGUUGAGCGAGCCAUUAGACGAAUAAAAACUUUUAAGUUACUGAAAACAAUAUUUCCAAUUUCAAUGUCUGCUAAUUUGGAUAAAGUAUGGGUGGUUUGUGCAUAUCUAUCAAACUUUUUACCACCACUUAUAGCUAAGAAAUAA